CCGGCCAAUAUGUUGGUCAGCAUUGUACUUCAAGAAAAGUUGCGACAGAUUUCGUCAAGAAACUUAAAUCUGUUUUUCUUUGUAAAAUUUUGUGUUUUUGGCGUAUUAACUGAAGUAUCUGCGAGUCCGGAGGAUUGGGCAAGCUCAAGCUACAAAUUUGUAACUCCAGUUCGUGAAAUUUACAUAUAAAAUAAAUACUACGCAAGCAUUAAUUGAAUAGAAAUUGGACUGAAAAGCAAAACAAAUAACGUACCCGUCCGUACGCACAGCAGUGCCAACGGUAGCAGAAUAUCUGUAUAUUUACCUCAAACAUGGACAGCAAGGAACAAUCGUCUGGUGGCGAAGGAACGUCAACUAAUAUGGGAACAUCAGCUGAACACUGCUCAGGCGAUGAGGAUGAUGGCAAAGAAAUAGCAAUGGAAACGGUGGAGGUGCUGCUAACAGCUGCUAUAACAGAAAAUGCGGAUGAUAAUCAUAGUGAAAGUGAUUCUCGUUCAACUCCAUUAAAAAACGAUAAGAGUAGCUGCGAUAGCGGCGUUUGUGUAAACAUGGAGGAUCGAUCAACCUCAAAAAAAGUCGAUACAAAUCCAGACACUGAUGAAAUGACCAUAAUGGAAGUAACCAGUUGCAUUGACAAAGCUACUUCAUCUCCACUCAAUGCGAAUAGCAACACUACGCCAAGUUCUACUGUUAAUGAGGAAUCGGAGAUUAGAAGUGCAGAUAGCAUGAAAAUGGAAUUAACAAAAUAUACCACAGACACAGAAGAAGAAGUAAUCGCUACCGCCAUGGAAGAUGAAUCCCCAGCGGCGACCGCUUUAAACAGUAAUACUGCUGAGACACCCAUUUUUCCCCGUCACACUCGUCGAAGUACGCGCAAUUACCGACAAAGCACACAAGAUGAUGAGUGCGAAGAAGAGCCGCCUGGAAGAAAUUCGUCCGUUGCAGACGGAACUGAGGAAGAGCAAAUGCCAUUGCUUUCGGUAACACCAGCUCCGGCGGAAGGAGACAUAGCCGAAAAUAAUCUUGAUGCCUCGAUGCCAAGCGAAAGGGAGAGUUCGCCUGCUGCAUCUUCGCCCAUUGUCACCAGUGGACCGUUUGACACCAGUACUCCAAAUUUCACUGAUGACGAUGAUGACGAUGACGAUGACGAGGAGGACGAUGAUGUCGACGAUGUCGACGAUGACGACGAUGACGACGAUGAGACUGAAGAUGAGGAGGAACAUAACUCGAGCGAUAAUUCCGAGCACGCGAAUGCAUUAGCUGACGUAAUGAACAAACCUAAACCACAAUACACCUGGUGCUCGACAUAUGAGCUAAUGCGAAGGGAGCACGGACUGAGCGGUGACGGCCGCCGAUCAUUAGCCAGUGGUAUGUCACCUGGUUUCAAUGCACGCUUUUAUGCUGCACGGCAUGUAGUUGAACGUAUGAAGAUUUCUCAUCGCUUACUCAAGCAUAAUGGCUGUGUAAAUUGUUUGAAUUUUAAUCGCUCUGGCGACUUGCUCUGCUCCGGAUCGGACGACAUGCGCAUUGUCGUCUGGAAUUGGCCACAUAAAAAACCAAAAUUGGUUUUCAAAUCUGGACAUACUGAGAAUAUUUUUCAAACGAAAUUCAUAAAUAGUCUAGGUGUUUUGGAUAUUGUGUCAGCCGGACGUGAUGGCCAAGUACUACGUUCUAUUGUACCUCCGUCUGGGGGAAAGCCGCAAACUUCUUUUCUAUAUCGUCAUAUGGGCUCUGUACAUAAACUCGUUAUAAGUCCCAAUAAUCCCUUUGAAAUCAUCAGUGCCGGAGAGGAUGCACGUAUACGUCGUAAAGAUUUGCGCAGUGAUGAGAGUGCGGCAAUUCUAUGCAAGGUGGAUAGCAUAAAGAUGAAAAAAAUACGCCUCUUUAGUAUUGCCCAUCAUCCAUAUGCGCCUGAGAUAUGUGUGUGUGGUUGUGAUAAUUUUGUGCGAGUCUAUGAUAAACGUAAUAUGAAUAAACCAGUACAUCAAAUGUGCCCCGAUCAUUUAGUUAAAGCGUCUAUACCCCAAGUUACUUGCGCUGUCUAUAACAGUACAGGAAGUGAAGUUCUUGCUUCUUAUAGUGAUGACCAUAUAUACUUAUUUAAUAAUAACGAGUACAAGACGGGUGAAUAUACGCAUCGCUACCGUGGACAUUACAAUCACAAAACUAUUAAGGGUGUCAACUUUUUUGGGCCCAAUUCAGAGUAUGUGAUCAGCGGUAGUGAUUGUGGUAACAUAUUUUUCUGGGAUAAAAAUACUGAAGCAAUUGUUAAUUUUAUGCCGGGUGAUACUAUGGGUGUGGUAAAUUGUUUGGAACCACAUCCGACGAUUCCUGUGCUGGCUACAUCUGGCCUCGAUUCCACCAUAAAAAUUUGGACACCAAGUAGUGAAAUGUAUCCUCCGGAUUUAUCGAAACUCGAGGCGUGCGUUAAACGCAAUCUAAGACGCUCACUUUUCGGCGAAGGUCGAGGUUUCGAUGGUCGAGAAUUCCAUUACUUUAUACGCCAAUUUCUUCGCCGUCCUCCGCGACGUGUUACGUAUUUAACGGGUGAAGAUGUGGGCGAACAGACUGACAGUAGCAGCAGUGAUGGUUUAGACAGUGAUGGUUUAGAUUGUCCACGAAUUGAGGGUAUACAAUGCCACACGCAAUGAAAUUGAUUUAUUCCGCCGCCAACAUUUUUAAAAAGUGGCCGAAUUGUUUAUGAAAUAAAUAUGUUGGAAGAAAUAUCAACGAUGCUUACGUUUAAUAUUAUAAUAUUUUUUAUUGUUUGUUUAAAUUGUUGUCCACCCUUAUUUUUUUUUGUUUUUUUUUUCUGAAUACAUAUAUUUUUGUGUACGAUGCCACAAAGCGUCCACGAGGUCACUAAUGAUCGAUUAUAUCUUAUUUGAAACAUCGUGCCAAAAGUUAUGUAUUGAUUAUCAAAAAAUACAUAUGUAUAUAUUUCAUGUAAUGUUUGAAUUAAAUAUUGAAACCAUUGAAUACAAAAAUAAUAAAAAAUAUGCAUAUACGCAUGAGGGAUGAACUAAAUUAAACUAAUCGGUUUUUUGACAUAGUAAAGCAGCGCUACGUUUAACCCAAUGAGAGGCUUUGAGUCUCGUUUUUAGUAGUAUCGGAAUAACAUAGUUGGUGGAAUGUCCGGUAGUUGAAAGAACACCUUUGCGUUCAGAUGUUUUGUAUAGAGGGCAUUUGUAGCGUGUACCUUCGACAAGUUUGAUAAUCUCCAGCGGCUAAAAAGAGGAAA